GUCCUCCUCCUAAUAUUUCUCCAUAAAAUUAUGUCCGUAAUUCUCAAAUAUCGCCAAAAUCCCCACCGCUCUAAUCCUUCUCUCCUCCGUCUCCACCGCAUCAGGUCAAACCUGCUUAGGCACAAUGCUUAAGACUGAUGGUUCUUAUUUUUAAUUCUCUGAGAGCUGGUAGAUACAUCCAUUGAUAUCACGGCACAUGCACUCUAUCCCUUGUAAUUUUAGUGUAUUUGGUUAUCCAGUAAUUUCCAGCAGUAUGAAGGAGAUCAAAGUAAAAGAUGCUUCUACUUUGUGUACUCUUCUACCUGAUGGAGAACCCCAUAUCCAGCAAUCUGUGUUUGUAGGUGAGGAGCAAAGGUCCUCAUCUAUAAGUGUGAAAUCUACCCCUGAAUUAGAAAAGAAGUAUGUCCAUUGUGUUUAUGAUGCUAUCGCCCCCCAUUUUAGUUCCACCCGUUUUGCUAAAUGGCCAAAGGUUUCUGCUUUCUUGGAAUCUUUGCCUACUGGCUCUCUUAUCUUGGAUGCAGGAUGUGGAAAUGGGAAAUAUCUAGGUUUAAAUUCCAGUUGCUAUUUUAUAGGAUGUGAUAUAAGUGCUCCGCUUAUCAAAAUAUGUGCCGAUAAAGGGCAUGAAGUUUUGGUUGCAGAUGCUGUUAAUCUUCCUUACAGAACUAAUUUUGGUGAUGCAGCAAUCUCUAUUGCUGUGUUACAUCACUUAAGUACAGAGAAUAGGAGAAAGAAAGCAAUUGAAGAAUUAGUACGAGUCAUCAAAAAGGGCGGUCUAGUUCUAAUAACCGUUUGGGCUGUAGAACAGGAGGAUAAGUCAUUACUAACCAAAUGGACUCCACUUACUGAAAAAUAUGUAGAAGAGUGGAUAGGACCAGGUAGUCCUCGUGUUCGUGGCCCUUCUGCCUUCACUCUAGAAAGCAUUCCUGAAACUGAGGAAAAUGGUUUGGGUGGGCACACAAAAGAUUCUAGGGAGAAUACUGAGAAUAUGCACCAAUCGAUGUGCUUAACCCCUGAAAACAAAGAUGAUUCAUUGGUUUCUAAAGAUGGAAGUAAUCAACAGGAAUAUUUUGUCCCUUGGCACUUACCAUAUCAUCGUGCUGAAGUUAGUGGUGCUUCUGCUGGUGCUCUUGCAAAUGGUCUGGCAAAGAAAGAUGAUAAGAAGGGUGCUGUAGUAUACAACAGAUAUUACCAUGUGUUUGGUGAAGGCGAGCUUGAGAGGUUGGUAUCUGGAAUGGAUAAUGCUGUGAUCAUUGAUAAGUUUUAUGACAAAUCAAACUGGUGCAUCAUUCUUGAGAAAACCUUACUGGGUUUAAAACAUUUACAGGAUAAGGAUACUUCACCAUCUCUUAUAUAGCAACAGAGGUGCUUGAUCAAUAUGGCAAAAGACGAACUCAAGAGAUUCCGCCAAAGAGAUUGAUUAAUCAACCUUUUUUUUUUUCCAGUGUACAAUGUGUUGGUAUUGCUGAGGCAUGUAUUUCUUUUCUAAAUGAGGAAAAAUAGUGAAGAAUUCUGUUUACAGGUUUCUGAUAGUGAGUUUAUGGUUCAUUUCGGAUUUACUUGUUCAUAUGUGCUCCAUGCAAAUUGAGACUGCAUUAAAAUGAUAAGAAACCAGCAACGUGAGUUGCCUGGAAACAUACAGAAAGUAAAGAAUGAUCAUUGAAUCAUAUUUUGUAAAUUCUAUUACUAAAAUAAACUAGAAAUUUAAGUUUUAAGAAAGAAAUUAGGAAAUGCAAUUGACUUGUAUCCAAUACACAUAAUUUUAGGUUCAUUUUAGUUGAAGCCAACAGGAAUAAUCCACAUUGGAAAUUUUAUUUUCGGUUGGAGGUUCUAGCCUUGAUUGUCUUGAAUUUAAUGCUAUCACCUAAGUUUGAUGUGAUAUGACUAUCAAGAAAAGAAAAAGAAUCAUAACAUAUGAUUUGUUUUUCAAGUUCUAAAGAAUUUAUGCUUCCCAGACAAGUAUAAAGGAAAAUUGUGAUUUUCCUUUUAGUUUAUCUUUUUAUAUUUAUCAUUGUAAUUAAAAGUCCAGCUUUGAAUUAAAAGAUAACUUACUGAGAAAAAAAGCAAUCAGUUGAAAAGUACAGUAACGUUAU